AUGGUCAACGUAGAGUUUGAGUGGUUCAACUUCGACCCGGAGAUCGACUUUCAUGGCAUCAAGAGCCUCUUGCGCCAGCUCUUCGAUGUCGACGCCACCCUCUUCGACAUCUCGGGCCUGGCAGAUCUGAUUCUCUCCCAGCACACCAUUGGCUCCACCGUAAAGGUAGAUGGCAAGGAGACCGACGCCUAUGCCUUCCUCACAGCGCUCAAUCUGCAGGAGCACAAGAGCAAGAAGCCCGUCGCCGACCUCAUCCAAUACCUGGGCUCAAAGGCGCAGGCCACCGACUCGCUGGCCGCCGUGCCCGCGCUGCUCGAGUCCGGCAAGCACGUCGGCCUCGUGCUGGCCGAGAGGCUCAUCAACAUGCCUUCGGAGAUCGCGCCGCCCAUGUACUCUAUGCUCAUCGACGAGAUCGAGGCGGCCGUCGAGGACAAGGAGCCCUACGAGUUCUCACACUACCUCAUCCUCUCCAAGACGUAUCACGAGGUCCAGUCCAACCUAGAGAUGGAGACGGAGCGGAAGCGGAAGAAGGCCAAGGAGGAGGCGCCUCUGUUCUUCUUCCACCCGGAGGACGAGAAGCUGUACGAGCACGCAGCGGCGUACGGCAGUUACCCCUUCACCAAGGAGGAUGAGGCGGUGGCAGACAGCAAGCGGGCAUUCCAGGAGAUGGGCGUGCGUACGCAGGGCUCUAUGAUCCUCAUCGAGGCGGGCAAGUUUGCAGGUGCGGUCAAGGCCAUUAACGACUACCUCAGCCCGCCGUCAUGA